UCGGUCGACAGCCAAAACACAAACACAAAUAGCAACAGCAGCAAUAAUAGCGUAGUUAGCUGCUCGCACUUGGAAACAACAAGAUAGAUCACAACAGAAACAAAAGUGCAAGUUGUAACUGACAACAUAAUAACAGAGCACUGUGAAAUAGUUUUAUUUUCAUUGUUUUAAAGCUGCCAGCAAGGUGUGCUAAAACUUGAAGGUCAAUUUGUAUUUAAAUGCUGUAACCGUGCGAGAAAGAGAUAGCGCGAAGUUUUGGGGAGCAAAAGCAAUAGCAAUAACAACAACAACGUCAAGAACUCGACGGAAAUAAUCACAAAACUAAAACGCAGCGAACUAACAACAACAACGGAAUUCAACGAAUUUCAACACAAAUUAUUUUAUAAACUUUUACAAGAUGGCAUUCAACAUGAAAGCUCUGCUUGCAAUGAUCUGCGUCUUUGUCGGCUGCUGUAGCAAUGUCGUCUUCCUCGAGCUGAUCAUCCAAAUUGAUCCCGGCGCCGGCAAUCUGAUCACCUUUCUGCAGUUCCUCUUCAUCGCCCUGGAAGGCCUCAUCUUUACAUCAAAAUUCUUUACGGUCAAGCCAAAGAUUGCUCUAAAGGAUUAUGUGAUGCUUGUUGUGCUGUUCUUUGGCGCCAACGUUUGCAACAAUUACGCCUUCAAUUUCAACAUCUCAAUGCCACUGCACAUGAUCUUUCGCAGUGGUUCGCUCAUGGCCAACAUGAUCAUGGGCAUUAUAUUGCUAAAGAAGCGUUACAAUCUGAGGCAAUACAGUUCGGUGGCCAUGAUCACAGCUGGAAUAAUACUCUGCACUUUGGUGUCCAGUGGCGAUGUCAAGGACAACACCCAUGCCUCACUGAAAGUGGAUACCUCGUACUCGGAUUUCUUCUGGUGGAGCGUGGGCAUUGCCUUGCUCACCAUCGCCUUGCUGGUGACCGCCUACAUGGGCAUCUAUCAGGAGGUGAUCUACAAGCGCUACGGCAAGCAUCCGAAUGAAGCGUUGUUCUUCACACACAUGCUGCCGCUGCCCGGAUUCCUCAUCAUGGCCAGCAACAUUGCCCAGCACUGGAGCAUUGCCAUCAACACGGAGCCGGUGGCCUUGGCCGUGCCUGGCCUGAAUUGGACCGUCUCAUUUCCGCUGAUCCUCUUCUAUCUGCUGUGCAAUGUGGUCACCCAAUACAUCUGCAUCAGUGCUGUCUAUGUGCUGACCACAGAGUGCGCCUCCCUCACUGUCACUUUGGUGGUGACGCUGCGAAAGUUUGUCUCGCUGCUGUUCUCGAUCAUGUACUUUAGGAAUCCGUUCACGAUCAGCCAUUGGCUGGGCACGGUGCUCGUCUUCUUUGGCACGAUACUGUUUGCGAAUGUGAUCAACCAGGUGAAGGAUGCGUAUAAGGCGCGUGCCCAGCGACAACUGGAGGGCAGCAAGCAGAAGCUGAAGACAGGCUAAACCUACGUCAUUUAAAUUGUAAUCCUAAUCCUAAGCUAUUCAGUGGUAAUUUCUAUUUUGUGUGAUGCUCUUUUCCAUGUUUCGUUGCGUUCUUUAUACGUAAUUUCGUGUAUGUUGUAAAUACUUUUAGUUAAGUCUUUAUCUGUUCUUUUUAGCAGCCUUCUGAACACCCCUUUUGGUAACUUUUUUCUUUCUAUCUCCCCAUACCUUAUUCCUUUACAUGCGCCGCUUGGCAUCUUUUUAUACUAAAAGUAUUCUUAACAAAGAUUUUUUGAACAAAACAAAUAAAUUACUUGACAAAGCCUA